AUGAAGUAUCUCGCUCAACCUGAUCUAGCAUCACUCAGAAAAUUGCUGCCAGAUGUAGUUUGUGAGUAUGAACUUCCUUCUGGGUCUCAUGUUACUUUGAUUCAAGUUACCACCUUUGCUUGUGGUGGCUUUACCAUUGGUUUUGGUGCCAUAUUUUUCUCAUUAUGGUCUUGUGAUGGAACUGGUUUGGGUUUAUCGCAAAAGGAUCCUGGGCUGCUACUCGCAUGCAAGCAUACAGUAAACAGGAUUGUGUUUAACGAAUCCGCCAUUGCCAAUCUGAAAGAGAAAGCAAGUUUGGACAUUGUUAACCCUACGCGCGUUGAGGUAGUAACCUCAUUUCUUAGCAAGUGCUUUAUAUCUUCUUUCAAAAACAAAACAGGUAUCGAUAAACCGCUUGCGAUAUGCCAUUCUGUUAAUCUGAGACGAAAAAUGGGGCCGUUAUUACCAGAAUGUUCGUUCGGGAACUUUAUAAGCUUUGUUGGUACAGUAUUGACAGCAAAGGAUAAGGAGUUGAGUGAAUUAGUGAGUGAACUAAGAGAAGCAAUGAAAAAAGUGGACAUUGAUACUCUGAAGAAGAUAAAAAGUGGAGGUGAAGUAGGAUUCCUCAAGUAUUAUGAUGCAAUGAAAGAGGUCAGAAGUUUAUAUACUAACCCGGAAUUCGGCAGUGAAGCGACGGAGUUUGUUGGGUUUACCAGUUCGUGCAACUUCGGUAUAUAUGAUAUUGAUUUUGGCUGGGGAAAGCCAAUAUGGGCGGCUUGUCUUGUACCGGACGCCGAUGAGUCACAUGUCAGUUUCGUUUUUUUGAUGGAUAGAAGAGUAGAUAAAGGAAUAGAAGCAUGGGUGUUGAUGAAGGAAGAUGAGUUUGAUGUUUUAGGAAAGGAUACAGAGCUUCUUCAAUAUGCUUCCAUUAAUCCAUCUCCAAUUUAUAAUUAA